AUAAACGCAGUGAGCAGAGUUCCACACCCUGAAGGGAAGGAGAAGUUUCACUGCAUUCCUGUCCUGCAACUCAACUCCGAAUCAACCAUCUGCAAGGACAGAUCCGUAGUGUGUAAGUGUGUGUGUUUAGGUCUGUGUUCAGGACCCCUGACCAGGCCCCACCUUUAUUUCAGGACAACUGUGUGUGUAUGGUCGUGUGUGUGUUGUCUGUGCGAUUGUGUGUUCAAACAUCACACUGGAGGGGGUGUGGGCCAGCUAUCCACAUACGCCUAUUGACCUAUACCUCAGCGCCCUGUCAGGGAGACGAUGACAUCACUAGGUGAUAAAGGUGAAGGCCACAGGGAGACAACGGCAUUGCUGGGUAAUGAAGAUGAAGGCUCCGUCCAAACCCAGACGAAGGUCCUGAACCAGGGCUCCUGGACGCAGGUCAGCUGUCCCUGCUGUGUGUCUGAGCAGGUGGAGCCCCUGGUCCUCAUCCAGCUGUCAGACAACAUCCAGCCCGUCACCAAGAGGUGGCUCAUCUCCCUGAUCGAGGUGUCCGAGAGAGACGGAGGCGCAGCAUUGCUGGCCCACCCUGGAGAGGAUGAGUGUGGGGAUGUGAUCGUGGUGUCUGCUCCUCGCUGCACCCUCCUCAGAGCCACAGAGGACCUGGGUCUGUGUAAGAAAUACCACAAUGGAGACAUGGUUGCUUUCUCCUACAAUGACAGAGACAACUUCAGCAAUGUUGAUGACAUGCAGGAGUUCCUGACGCUAGCGGAGCGUCAGUACAUAGUCAAGUAUGAGCUGGACUUUCUAAGGGCCCAGAAGGGGCAGAAAAUCCCUGGAGUCCCUGAGUCUCAGGGGGUCCUGAAGGCCAGGGAGAACAUAUGUCAGAAGCUAGAGAAGGCGGGAGUGAUAAAGGACAUCUUCCCUCUGCAUGACAAGCAGAGACUGACAGACCUGUGCAGAAACUGGUACUCUGGGAAGCAGAUAUGGGGACAGCCUCUUGACUCUAUCCAAGCCUACUUCGGAGGCACCGUGGGGUUUUACUUCAGCUUCCUGGACUUCUACACCUGGGCCCUGGUGCCCCCUGCUAUCCUAGGCCUGGUGCUGACCUUUCUGCUGCCUAGAGGUGGAUCAGGAGCUGGGGUUGUGAAGGAGCAGGCUGGGGAGGGGGUGAUGGAGGGGGUGGUAGAGGUGGACGACAGCCCCUCGGUCAGCGGUCACAUGGUACAGGCCGUGUUCAGCAUGUUGUGGUCCACGCUGGUCAUGGAGUUCUGGAAGCGACGCAGCUCCUCCCUCUCCCACCGCUGGGGCUUGCUGCACCUGGCCGAGCGCUUCGCUGAGCCCCGCCCUGGUUUCCACGGCACCCUGGGGAUCAACCCUGUGACCGGGCGGCUGGAGCCCCUGUUCCCGGAGUGGCAGAGGCAGCUGCGUGUAGGCCUGGUGUCUGUGCCCCUGGUGGGGUUCUUCCUGGGGAUGGUGGUGCUGGGUAUGACAGGGUUCUACCACGGAGAGGCACUGGCACAGGGCUUCCAUCAGGACAGCGGCUCCCUGUUCUCUGGAGCUCUGCUCUACCUGCCCUCUGUGGCUCACAUUGUCUACACCAACAUGCUGGGGAAUGUGUACCGCACUGUGGCCAUGCAACUCACCGAGUGGGAAAACCACAGAGAGGAGUCCUCCUUCCAGAACCAUCAUACCACCAAAGUCCUCCUGUUCACUUUCUUCAACUACUUUGCUGUGCUAUUUCACAUUGCCUUCUACAAACAAGACCUUCCACUUCUAAGGAAGAGGCUUGCGUCUCUGCUAAUCGUGACCCAACUGGUGAACCAGUGUACAGAGGUUGUGGUGCCGUUCAUAGUGGACCGCUUCUUCAGUGCUCCUCAGAAGAAGCAGCAGGAGGAUGACCCAGAUGUGGACAAACUCAGAGCCCAGAGAAGCCUGCCUCCUUUUCCAGGCCUAUUUGCUGAGUACAUUGAGUUGCUGGUGCAGUUUGGGUAUUUGAGUCUGUUCUCCUGUGUGUACCCGCUAACCGCCGUCCUCCUGCUCCUCAACAACGUCACAGAGAUCAGAGCAGAUGCAUACAAGAUCUGUAAACUGUUCCGUAAACCCUUCUCAGCCCCUGUGUCCAACAUAGGAGUGUGGCAGACAGCGUUUGAGGUUCUGGGGUUUGUUUCAGUCAUGUCUAACUGCUGGCUGUUGCUACUGUCUCCUCGGGUCCGGGAGUUCUGUCUGGAGGGAGGGAUUAGCGGCAGAAACAUCAUACUCUUCGCCAUCCUGAUCGAGCAUGUCCUGAUCCUGGUCAAGAUGAUUCUUGCUUUUAUGAUCCCAGACGAACCAGACUGGGUCAGAAUCAAGAGGGAACAGAUUGAGUUUCACUCCAUGCAAGCUCUUGGGCAGCAGAAGCUAUAGAGGUUGUGGAACCCCCAGUGGUGGAAAAGUACUCAAUUGUCAUACUUGAGUAAAAGUAAAGAUACCUUAACAGAAAAUGGCUCAAGUAAAAGUGAAAGUUACCCAG